UCCUUAGUAUCUUCAACACCUUCACACUCAUCUUCAAGACGUGGUGAUAAAGGACAAUGCGUUGAAGGCUGCAUGGUCGAUGGAGUAAUUUACAAAAGUGGAUCGGGUAUUCCAAAAUCCAAUCCUUGUGAGUUAUGUUGGUGUGAAGGAACUGUUGUGAUUUGUGGUCAUUAUGAUUGUGCUCACAAUAUGCUGGAUAAUAUUCCUGACUAUUGUGGACUAUUCUAUAUCCCAGGUCAAUGUUGUCCCAUAAUUGAUUGCGAUUGUGUUGUAGAUGGUAUUAUUAAUGGUGAAGAUUAUCCAAUUGAAGACCCAUGUCAAAGUUGUACAUGCGUUGGAACAGAAAAAGUCUGCAUUGACAAACCUUGCUAGGAAUCAUGAAUUACACUUGCUUCUUUCUUUCAGAAUUUUAACUGCUUUAAAAC